AUGGCACCGCAUCUUCUCACUCUGGCCAUACUAUGGCAUUUUCAGAUGGCAACCGCUUGGACGGUGAAUAAUUUCCUGAUGACGGGACCAAAGGCCUUCCUGACCUACACCAGCAGUGUGCAAAUAGGCGCACAGAACGGAGUACGCGAGUGUAAAAACCAGUUCGCUUGGGAGAAGUGGAACUGCCCAGAGACUUCGCUACAAUUAUCCACCCACAGCGGCCUUAGGAUGGCCACAAGGGAAACGGCUUUUAUGCACGCCAUCAGCGCGGCCGGAGUGAUGUACACACUCACCAAGAACUGCAGCAUGGGAGACUUCGACAACUGCGGCUGCGAUGACUCCAGGAUUGGCCAGACAGGGGGCAGAGGCUGGAUCUGGGGGGGCUGCAGUGAUAAUGCAGCGUUUGGCGAUAAGAUUUCCAAACUGUUUGUGGACGCGCUAGAAGAUGGGCACGACUCGCGCGCGGCAGUCAAUCUGCAUAAUAAUGAAGCGGGCAGACUGGCAGUCAAGGCGACCCUGAGGAAAGCAUGCAAGUGUCACGGAGUGUCCGGGAGUUGCAGCAUCCAGACCUGCUGGAUGCAGCUGGCCGACUUCAGAGAGGUGGGCGCCUACCUGAAGAUGAAGCACGAGCAUGCCAAGAAGCUGGGGGCCGACAAGAAGCCUGCGAGGGCAGGGAACCGGGGCGCCAUCGCGCACUCUUUCCGAGGCAUCCCCAAAACGGAGCUUAUUUACCUGGAAGAUUCGCCGAAUUACUGCGACAAGAACCACAGCCUGGGAGUGCCGGGGACUUUGGGACGCGAGUGCCUGAAGGGAGACAAGAACGCGUCCCAGUGGGAGCGGAAGAGCUGCCGCAGGCUGUGCAAUGAAUGCGGCCUCAGAGUGGCGGAGAAGCGCACUGAGGUCGUCAGCAGCUGCAACUGCAAGUUCUACUGGUGCUGCACCGUCAAGUGUGACAAAUGCACACAAGUUGUCACGAAAUACUAUUGCACGCGUAAAGAAGGUGGGAAGAAACAGCCAAAUAAAACGAAGCGCAGGCACCGUGCGCGCCGGGAAUGACUUUUGACUCGGGACUUAUCAAUCAUUUUUUAGCUUUAUGGAUUUUCCUGCAAAUGACUCUCGGUCUGAAUUGAAUCACCGGAAUAAUCUUAUGCACUUUGAUCUUACUGAAUGGAUUCCAUACAGACUAAAUCAAAUGAUGUU